AAGCUGCUGCACUCAGCGGGGGAUUCAGGAGAGGACAGGGCAGUUUUCAGCUGAGGUUUAGCUUCAUAUUCAGUUGAAAGCAGCUAGUACAGACAGCGCCAGGAGCCAUGGCCAAGCCGCUGACGGACCACGACAGGAGGAAGCAGAUUUCAGUCCGGGGACUGGCCGGGGUGGAAAAUGUAGCGGACCUGAAAACUAAUUUCAACAGGCACCUCCAUUUCACUCUGGUGAAGGACCGAAACGUUGCAACCAAACGGGACUAUUAUUUCGCCUUGGCCAACACGGUCCGAGACCACUUGGUGGGCCGCUGGAUCCGAACGCAGCAGCAUUACUAUGAGAAGGACCCAAAACGUGUGUACUACCUCUCUCUGGAGUUUUAUAUGGGGCGGACUCUGCAGAACACCAUGGUGAACCUGGGCUUGGAGAACGCAUGUGAUGAGGCCACCUACCAGUUGGGUCUGGACAUGGAAGAGCUGCAGGACAUCGAGGAAGAUGCUGGCUUAGGAAAUGGAGGGCUGGGUCGCCUUGCUGCUUGUUUCCUGGACUCCAUGGCCUCACUGGGCCUUGCGGCGUACGGAUAUGGAAUCCGUUAUGAGUUUGGCAUCUUUAAUCAAAAAAUCGUCAAUGGCUGGCAGGUAGAAGAAGCAGAUGACUGGCUGCGUUACGGUAACCCCUGGGAGAAGGCUCGCCCUGAGUACAUGCGCCCGGUCCAGUUCUACGGCAGGGUGGAACACACACCUGAAGGUGUGAAAUGGGUUGACACACAGGUUGUUCUGGCUCUUCCCUACGACACCCCGGUUCCUGGCUACAGGAACAACAUCGUUAACACUAUGAGACUCUGGUCUGCUAAGGCCCCCUGUGAAUUUAACCUCAAAGACUUUAAUGUUGGUGGCUACAUCCAAGCUGUCCUGGACAGAAACCUGGCUGAGAACAUUUCCAGGGUUCUGUACCCCAAUGACAACUUUUUUGAGGGGAAGGAGCUGCGUCUGAAGCAGGAGUACUUUGUUGUAGCAGCGACUCUUCAAGACAUCAUCCGGCGAUUCAAAGCCUCCAAGUUUGGCUCCACAGAGUUUGUGCGAUUAGACCUUUCUAAGAUGCCAGAUAAGGUGGCCAUCCAGCUGAAUGACACUCACCCUGCUCUCGCUAUUCCUGAGCUGAUGAGGAUCCUUGUGGACAUUGAGAAACUUGACUGGGAGAAGGCUUGGGACAUUGUGAUUCGCACUUGUGCCUACACCAACCACACCGUCCUGCCUGAAGCACUGGAGCGCUGGCCUGUCGACUUGUUCCAGAACCUUCUACCUCGACACUUGGACAUUAUCUACGAGAUCAACAGGAGGCACCUGGAGCGCAUCUCUAAACUCUACCCUGGAGAUCAUGACCGCCUGCGAAGAAUGUCCUUGAUCGAGGAGGGAAACGUCAAAAAAAUCAACAUGGCUCACCUGUGCAUUGUGGGGUCUCAUGCUGUCAACGGAGUGGCUCGCAUCCAUUCCGAAAUCAUCAAAAAGACUGUGUUCAAGGACUUCUACGACAUGGAUCCUCAGAAAUUUCAGAACAAGACCAAUGGGAUCACACCCAGGAGAUGGCUGGUCAUGUGCAACCCGGGCCUGGCUGAGGUCAUUGCUGAGAGGAUUGGAGAGGAUUACAUCCAUGACCUGGACCAGCUAAGGAAGCUUUUGGACUUUGUAGACGAUGAUGCCUUCAUUAGAGAUGUUGCAAAAAUCAAACAGGAGAACAAGCUGAAGUUUUCUGCCCAGCUGGAGGAACACUACAAGGUGAAGAUCAAUCCCAGCUCCAUGUUUGAUGUGCACGUGAAGAGGAUCCACGAAUACAAAAGGCAGUUGCUCAACUGCCUGCACAUAAUCACACUUUACAACCGUAUCAAAACUGAGCCCAACAAAUCAUGGACUCCCAGGACUAUCAUGAUUGGAGGAAAGGCAGCUCCAGGUUACCACACUGCAAAAAUGAUCAUAAAGCUGAUUACAUCCAUUGGAGAUAUUGUCAAUAAUGAUCCUGUAGUGGGAGACCGACUUAAGGUCAUCUUCCUGGAGAACUACAAAGUCACUCUGGCUGAGAAGGUCAUCCCUGCCGCGGACCUAUCGGAGCAGAUCUCCACAGCAGGCACAGAGGCUUCUGGCACCGGGAAUAUGAAGUUCAUGCUGAAUGGCGCCCUCACCAUUGGCACCAUGGACGGAGCCAAUGUGGAGAUGGCAGAGGAGGCUGGAGAGGAAAAUCUCUUCAUCUUUGGCAUGAGGGUGGAAGAUGUGGAGGCACUGGACAAGAAGGGCUAUGAUGCCCUCUCUUACUACAACCGCAUCCCUGAGCUGAAGCAGGCAAUGGAUCAAAUAUCAGCAGGCUUCUUCAGCCCCAGUCAGCCUGAUCUUUUUAAAGACCUGGUCAACAUGCUGAUGCACCAUGACAGGUUCAAAGUGUUUGCAGACUAUGAAGACUACAUCAAGUGUCAGGAGAAGGUCAGCGCUCUCUACAAGAACCCCAAGGAGUGGACCAAGAAGGUGAUCUAUAACAUUGCCGGGUGUGGGAAAUUCUCCAGUGACCGCACCAUCUCCCAGUAUGCAACGGAGAUCUGGGGAAUGGAGCCCAGUUUGGAAAAGAUUGCUGCCCCAGAUGAUCCUCGCUAGAGUACCACAGCUGCUUCCUUUCCUCCACUGUAGGUCACCAUGUGCUCAGACCUGCCCCGUAGCCUCUUCACUUUGCACUGUGGCAUUACUUCCUAACCGGAUCAGUCUCUCUCCAGCCUGUAUGGUUCCUACUCUACGUUGCACUUACCUGUAACAAGCUUAUGUAGAAUCCCAUUUUUUGUCUUCACUUGAAAAACAUCUUCUUGCUGAGGAGUUAGACUCUUGGUUUUUAGCUUUGAAAUGAUUACAUUUUUCAGUUUUAUUUUACUAAGAUGAUAGAAAGCUUUGCUAACUUUGGUUGUUUUAAAAUAUUCUAGAUCCAUAGGUACAUCAUUACCCUGGGAACAGUAAAGAGUUUCAUCCCAUAUUAGUGUUUUUGGGACAUUUUAACCUGGAUUUCCACAUUCCUCCACAAAAAGCCAGCAGAAUAACCUCAGCACUGUUCUUCCAAACCUGUCAUGCCCUGUUAUAGACAGAGGAAGGGAGUGAAGGGUCCGACGGCACCCCAACCGUCUGACAUUACAGUGACUGGAUGGUUUUAAAGGAAGCCAUUUUUCCUUAUUUGCAGCUCGACCAUAUUUACAUUAGACUUCAUAUUAAAGAGAUAUUGACUAUUAUAUGUUUUAUGGUGUAGCUGAAUGUUACCAUUUCUCUGUAAUGAUAUUAAUAUAGAGCUAUAGAGGAGAGCUUUAAUGCAGAUAUAUAUUUAGUUGUGAUCUCGCCAGCAUGUUUGUGUGUCUCAUUCAUGUUGUCUUCUAAAAGAAUCUGUUAAAAAAAAUAAAACUGCCUUCUGUAACGGAAGUUUUUCUUUGGAAUACGUGUGUAUUAUCUGCUGUUUGUGUGUGUGUGUGGAACAGCUGAGUCCACCACACUGUACUGUAACUGCAUUGAUGUACUACAACUUCAUUCUGUUGUACUUCUGCAACUUGCUUGUCUGCUGAAAAACAGUUAAACCCAACCACAAACCUGCUUAAAUUAGUUUAAUAAAUGAUGGAAACUACA